UCCUCCACUUCCGAGGCGGACUUUACGCUCAAAAAGAAGAGCGAAGGAAACAUCCACAGCAGCGGAGUGGGGGAGAGAGAAAGCAGAGCCGGAGUAAUCUGCCAUCUUGCGCCCAAAAGAGAAGGCAGUGGAGACCCCUUUGAUAGAUCGACCGAGCCAUGGGUGGUGGUGGAAGCGGAUAUCCGGCGGUCUCCAGCGCGGUGCCGACGGAGGUGGUGCGAGCGGAGCCACAAUACGUAUCGGCUAAGACGUCGGUAUGGUGGGAUAUAGAGAACUGCCAGGUCCCUAAGGGUUGCGAUCCCCACGCGAUCGCCCAGAACAUAAGCUCUGCCCUGGCCAAGAUGAACUACUGUGGCCCCGUUUCUAUUUCUGCCUAUGGCGACACUAAUCGACUCCCCGCUUCGGUGCAGCACGCUCUCUCCAGUACUGGCGUAGCGCUCUAUCAUGUUCCCGCUGGUGUUAAAGAUGCCAGUGAUAAGAAGAUUCUCGUGGACAUGCUGUUUUGGGCUGUCGAUAAUCCUGCGCCUGCAAAUUAUUUGCUCAUCUCUGGUGAUCGAGACUUCUCCAAUGCUCUUCAUCAAUUGCGUAUGAGGAGAUAUAAUAUUCUUCUAGCACAGCCUCAAAAUGCUUCUGCACCACUUAUUGCCGCAGCAAAGAGUGUAUGGCUGUGGACCAGUCUUCUUGCCGGAGGAUCUCCGCUUCCAAAUGGUGGUUCACCACAGCUUGGUAAUAAUAACAAUAUAUCCAAUUCAGACGUUUUAAAAAAGCCAAUUGUUGAUCCCCUAAAUGUAAAGCUGUCUGAUUCAAUUUCUGAAGGCUGGUCUUUGGGAAGUCAAAAGUUCUCUACUACUGGAUGGAGUGGUGAUAAUAGUAAAUAUAAAGGGAAACAAAAUCGAAGGAAUCCAAGUCAACCCAACAUAUCAAGGGCAUCAAGUGCCCCUGUUGGGAUUCAAGAAAGUCAGACUAAUGGAAAUUCUCACUCCUCUGGAUACACACAACCUAAACAUUUUAAGGAAGCUCCUCAUGAAUUUUUUAGUUCUAAUAAGCCUAAACCGCCCUCAAGGGGGCCUUCUCCUAUACACCAUCCAGGAAACCCUGAUUCUUCAUGGAUACCUGGGAAUAGUUUUCCCAUCAAUUACCAAAAUCAAUAUCCUCAACAGACAAGGCCAAACAACAUCCCCAUGCAACCUUCUUUAGCUCCUGGUAAUUUGUUUCCACCAAAUCCUAGUACUUAUGGUUCUCAUCAGGUACCACCAAUGCCUGAUGGCCCCCCCUUUACAUCAGGUCCUCCUACAAAUGUGCAAGAUAUUGGUAGGAUAAAUAUAUCUGAGUACACCAACAGCAUCCAAACCCCUCCUAGUUUUCAGCAACGAAAUGGAGGAGAGCCAAGACCUAACUCUAUGAUGGGUUCCCCAAAUCAUGUGCUACAAAAUGGACACAUUUUGCAUAAAACGCCUCCAUUUUGUAGUGACAAUAUGAGUAGUAGAUACCCUCCUUGUGGACCUGAGUGUCCUCCCUCAUCCUCCGCAAUGAGUUCGAAUGCUGUCUCCGGUAAUGGAGUCUGGGGGACUCCAGGAUGCCCACAGCCUUCUGAAUAUGUACAAGGUCUUAUAGGGGUUGUCUUGCUUGCCUUGAACACCCUAAAAAACGAUAUGAUGGCGCCAACUGAAGCAAACAUAUGUGACUGUAUUCGACAUGGAGAUCCGAAGCACAGAAACACUGAUGUAAGGAAGGCCCUGGACUAUGCCAUUGAACAGCAAAUGGUUGUCAAACAAGUUUUAGGUGCAUUACAUUAUUAUGUUGGUAAGAAUGAGAGGUUAUGGAAGUGCAUUGACCCUUUAGGUGGUAAUCCUAAGCAAUAUCCAAAACCAAUAUGGGAUGGAAUCCAGAAAUUUCUAUAUUCUCCAGUUGGACGUUCUGCAAUCAUGGCUUCUCAAUGCAGGUAUGAAGCAGCUAGUAUUUUGAGGAACAUGUGCUUGAAAGAUCUUGUCUUGGGUGACGUACUCAAGAUUUUGAAUAUGGCAAUUACCAACAAAAAGUGGAUCAUCCCUCAUCAAUCUGGCUGGCAGCCAAUCACCAUUGCCCUUGUAGAGACUGAAACAGAUGCUGCUACCAGAACUAGCUUUUGAUUUUAAUCAAGACUAGUUAUGGUAGGAAAAGGGACCUGAAGAUAUUAAAGGUACAGCUAUGAUUAUUUUGAUUUGAUAACUGUUGCGAGGGUCUCCUUUUGCACAGUGGAUUACGAAAGAAAAUAUGGUAGAAACUGACUUUAAGAGUGUGAACGAGAAGAUUCAAAUAUGGAUACUUCUUAGUUUUCUUUUUGAUUGUUGAUACUUCAUGGGUGUUAGGAGGAAGGUAGCAGGUAAUGCUUUAAAGGGAGAAACACAGUGCCGGAAUUACAGAAUUGCAGCAUAGGAUGCUUUUUCAAUCAUAGAAACAAUUUAGCAAAGAUGUCAGACUUGGGUUAAUGAUGUUAAUUUUCAGUCAUCCAUCAGUUCUUUGGCCUUCAUCACGAAUAUGCCCAAUUGGAUUGAAUAUACAAACUUUUCUCUCUAUUCAGAAGAAGUCUUCUACAUAGAUGCCCCGAGGAAGUUUCAGGUGAAUCAUCUGAUCCUGUACAAGUUCCAUUAUAUAAAUUAUCAAGAGGAUGGUAUGAUGGUGUACUGCCAAGUUCUCUCCAAGUACUGAUGGAUAUUAGUUAAACGAAAAGUGGGGUCAGGACUCAGGACAGAGAUGUACAAAUCCCAAAGGGGAUUGUCUUCGUUAUGUGAUCUUUUUCAACAAGGUUUUGGAAGUGUUCCUUUUUUUCUGGACCAAGAAAUCAGCUUAUACUAAAAGGAACAGAAACACUAUGUAGGCCGUUAGAGAAGAUUGGAAUUAAGGUUGAACCGGUGUUCUUUUAAAGAAGAAGCCUUUCUGUAUAUUAAAACCAGUAUCAAUUUACCGAAAGGUACCAGAUAGGUUUUGACUUAUUAGACUUUAGGACUAUGCUGUAGAUGCAUAGUACAAGAAAUUUCAGCUUUUGUCUGCAGUCAUCCCAUCAAGCAGUUGCAUUUAUCAGAAGCCGUGAAUGUAUUCAGUGCGGAUACCAUUUUUCCAUCAAAAAGCAUCAAGAUAUAUAUACAAUUCCAUCAAUCAGUUGCUGUGAUGACAUGAAAGGCACAACUUACAUUUGUUGAUGAAUAGCUGCAGUCAUCAAGAUCCAUUAAGGUAUGCAGAUAUAAAUACCAUCACACUGUUAGGAGCCAUGAAUGUGCUGGUAAAUAUCGUUGACUCAACCAGUUUCCAUCAUCAGAAAUUCAGAAGCUAAGCCAUGAAGGUAGAGUGACAAAUGUUGGUGAGGAUGCUCAAAAUUAAAUGUUUACGGUGAACAUCUAUUUUGCUUCAUCUUUUUAUUCUCCUUUAGAUUCAGGUGCUUGUUUUAAAUCUUCUUGUAGAUACAUGUAUACUCUUGUGGUGGCGAAGGGUAUUUUGAUUUUGGCAAAGGGUAUCGAAAUGCACAUUUAUCUAUUGUUUUUCUUUAAUGGCUA